AUGGACGGAGAAUUAGACUUAGCAGAUCAACAACCUCUUGAUGAUCAAGAAUAUGUUAUUGAAGGUAUUACUCAUAAUAAAAUCAUAAAUUGCUUAGAGGUUGAGUUGACUGAGGAUAGCAAAGGAGAAUUCAGCUACAAGGAAGUGAGUGAUAUUAGUGAUGUAACGGAAGAGUCAUACCCUGAGGGAUUAUCUUAAAUGAGAGCUGGAGCCAAAGAUCUUGAAAAUUACGAGAAAUUGAUGGAACAAACUAAAUAAAGACUCAAAAUUUUAGAUGAUGAUCAAGCCUCUGUAACUAGUACUAGAUUAGAGCAUUCAGAUGAGUUUUUAAGAAAUUUCUUUAUCAAGUUUGGCAUGAAAAAGACACUAGAAUCGUUUUAAUAAGAGUGGUUUGAAUUGAAAGCAAAAGGUCAACUAGACAUUAGAAAUAUGCCUGUACUUCCAGAAGUAUACAAAAUUAAUGCUGAGUUAUCAGAUGAAUUAUCAGCUCUUUAGCAAGAAUUGGACGAAGCUAGAAUUACUGCUGAAAAAGCAAGAUCAACUUAUGACAAACUAAGAAAGCAAAGAGACUUCCAAAAAAUCAAUCAUAGAAGAGUGUAACAAGAGAAGUAAAAACUUAAUAAUGACAUUGGUAAGCUAAAAAAAACCUAUGAAUAGUAUCAAGAGACAUUCAAGCAACUUUCAAAUAAUUACGAAACUGCAGUCAAAGAGAAAAUGCUCAUGAAGCUCGAGAAAGAUAGACUGUUAGCUAAAACUGAAAAUUUAGAAAACAAUCUCAGAUAAAUAGAUGAAAAUAACGUUAUUGAAAAAAAGGAAAAGGAAGAUAUGCAAAAAAGAUUAGAAGCCCAAAAGAAAAAGGGUGACAAUAACAAGAGUUAGGUAAAACCAAAGGGAAAUCCUUCCGUUAUACCUCCCAAAGACAAGCCUAACCCAUUCAUUGGCGAAUAAUACGAGCCAAUCAACUCACAUAUGUCAAUGAUUAAAACUUUCAAGGGACAUUUGAUGGGAGUUACAUGUCUUGCAUAUAAUCCAAAGAAAGCAAUAGUAGCGACAGGUAGUGAUGACACAACUUGGAAACUUUGGACAGUCCCCAAUGGUGAUCUGAUAAUGAGUGGAGAGGGACAUUUAGAUUGGAUUGGUGGAUUGGCUUUCAGUCCAAGAGGAGAUCUUUUAGCAACUUGCUCUGGUGAUGGAAAUGUCAAAAUUUGGGACUUUGUUAACGCUUCUUGCGCUUAUACUUUUACUGAGCAUGGUCAACCAGUUUGGAAAGUUGAUUUCCAUGAGUCAGGAGAUUUCUUGAUUUCAUGCUCUAUGGAUCAUACUAUCAAAUUAUGGGAUUUAAAUAUGCCAAAAAGCAGAUAUACAUUCAGAGGCCACGUAGACUCAGUUAACUCAAUUUAAUUUUAACCUUACUCCUGCAUGUUUGUCAGUGGAGCUGGUGAUAAAACAGUUUCUCUAUGGGAUAUCAGAACUAAUCUGUGCGUAUAAACAUUCUAUGGACAUAAUAAUGCAGUUAAUUCAGUCUAGUUCAAUUAGCGUGGAGACACUAUUGCCUCGGCUGAUUGUGAUGGAAUCACAAAGAUAUGGGAUGUCAGAAUGGUCAAGGAGCUUCAACAAUUCGAUAGUGGAUUAGCAUCAGCAAACAGAGCAGUAUUUGAUAAAAGUAACACAUACGUCCUUGUUGCAAGCGAAGACGCUACUGUCAAAGUGCACGCUUUGAGCACAAACAAUAAAGCUAAAAACUUUGGUGGUGAUGAUGCAAAUUAUAAGGAAAUCAGAGAAUCAGAUCCUGAUCUAGCGGAAGAAGGCUAUUAUGACACUAUUGAACUAGCCCAGAAGUUUCAAAGUCUUGGAGUCAAAAUAGAUAAGAUUUAUACAAGUGCUUUUAAAAGAGCCUUAUAAUCUGCAAUUACAUUUAGAAAAGGAUAUUACAGUGGAAAUGAUGAUAAGCAGGCUGAACUAUCAAUUAAUCUCAUGGUUAACCUCCAUGAAAAGGGUGGAUGCUAAGUAAAAGGUAUAGGUAAACCAGGACUCUCUCUCACAGAAGCCUUAGAGGUGGUGCCAGAUCUGUUGAUUGACGAAAAAAAUAAAGGUAAAAUAGAUGAGAAUGGCUGGUAUAAAGCUGAAGGCAAAGAAACUAGUGAUCAGUGUAUUGCAAGAGCAAAAGAAAUGUUGAAGGAAUUUAAAGAUCUAUAUGAGUAGAACUAAGGUUAAAAUAUCCUCGCUAUCUGCCACGGUGGAUUUAUGAAUACUAUUGCUUGUAUGUUUACGAAUAAUCUUGCCAACGUUGAUUCAAUGCAAUUGCAAUGUGCAAAUAACUCAUUUGCAAUCCUAGAUUUUUUCAUCAAUAAAAAUGAGCAUUAAGGAGAGGGAAGAGAAUUUGUUGAUGUUAAGCUCACAGGAUACAACUUAUUCCUACAUAGAUGA